AUGAAAGGUUCUGUUUAGGAUGUGACCGUUUCUGAUCCUGCAGCCAUGCAGUCAGUGUUGGGCUCUGAACAUCAAAAGUCUGGUCCAUCCAUGCCUUGUGCCCUUUGGCCAGUGGACCUCAAGUUAACUCACUUGGACUGGAACCCUGAAGCCACCCUGAUACACUUCCAGGGACAGUACCUUACCAUAUGUGAAUUUGACUAUAAUGUUUUGCAAGGGGAAAUACAAAAUAUACCAAAGACCAAAGCUGCAGUGGAAAUUGGAGAGUUUUGCCUCGUGGAAGAUUUCACCACAUGCCGCUGGUACAGAGGAAGAGUCCAGAACCGAAACAAGGACUUGUUUGAUGUUUUCCUAAUAGAUCAUGGCAAUGUCUUGAGUGUCGACAUCGCCCACAUAUCUUCGUGUUCAAACGACCUGUUCAUCCUGCCUCCCAAGGUAGUUUGUGGCUUCCUUGCAAAUGUACUGCUGCUUCAAGGUUGUUCUCCUUCUUUAGUGGAUGUAUACCUCUCUAACCUAAUUGGGAGUAAUGUCACAGGUUACAUUCAAGCCCUCCUGCCCCACAAAGUGCUCCUUUUGGAAGCCCUUGACAUCAACAAUGAUCUUGUGAGACAUGGGUUUGGGAGGCAUGUGGACACAGAUACAUUUAUUCUCUUGGUUGGGAUGCUCACAGAGGUGCCAUUAAAACAAAACAUAGAGCCAGUGCCUGACUUACUCAUUGAAAAACCAAGGGGACAAGAGUUUUGCUUCAAACCAUCUGGUUUGCAGACAUAUGAAGACAUUCUGUCAUUCUGUGGACCAAGAUUGAGUUGUGGGACACGUGCCAAAGUGCGUGUAACUGCUGCUGUCAACCCUAGUCUGUUUUACUGUCAGAUGACCAGUAUGGAAACAGAACUUUGGGAAAUGUCAAAGAAGUUGGCUGCUGUUAAUGAGUUGAAAGCCAAAGAACACAAUCAGAAGACUCCAGAAAAUCUGGGUUUACUGUGCUCUGUCAAAAGUAAAGAUGGGAAAUGGUAUAGAGGCUUUAUACAGCAUCUCCCAGUUAAUUCUCAACUUAGAGUUUUGUUCAUUGACUACGGAUUCUUUGAAUCCGUCAAAGUUGAGAGCGUCCACAGGUUGCCACCUGAUCUCUAUUCUACACCCAUCAUGGCGUUCCCAUGCUCGCUCUCCUUAAGUGAUGAGAAUGAGGCGGUCAAAACUCAACAGUUGAGUUUUCUCAAGGCAGGUUUGCUUGGAGGAGUUUUAGAUGUGGAGAUCGUACAUUUUGAUGAAGAACAGCACCUCUACACUAUGACAGUCAUUGGUGCAGCAGAUAAUCAUGUGGAGGAACUAGAGCCGAUUCAUGAGCUUCCUAGAAUGAAUAUACAGUCAGUCUCUCAGACAGAAGAAUUGUUACCUCAGUGUGGCUAUUUAAAUUGUGAGACCAUCAUGAGCAAAGUGUUGCAUCAAGCACUAGAAGCAGAAGAUCUGGAUGCAGACUCCGUCUUUGUGGGCUAUGUUGAACAUGUCCAGAAUCCAAACAGCUUCUGGAUCCGAACACAAAAACGCAAUGAUGAGUUUGACGACAUGAUGUCAAAACUGGCAGAUAACUUUAGCCAAGUGAAGCUGGAUGAAAACGUUCUUUUGAAUCCUGAGCCUGGGACACUGUGCUGUGCAGUUUAUGAGGAAGACAUGCAUUUCUACAGGGGUGUAGUGACAGACACUCUUGAGCAUGGAGCAGAAGUCCUUUUUAUCGAUUUUGGGAACAUUGAGAAAGUGCCACACAUGUUGAUCAAGAAGAUACCUGAGAAAUUUGCCAGCAAAUCAGCCUUUGCCUUCUGUUGCACCCUUCUUAAUGUUAUUCCUUUUGAUGACGACUGGAGCAGUGCCACCUCUGACUUUUUCAGACAAGCUGUGUCAAACAAAGCCCUUCUAGUUCAUGUUGUCCAGAUGAGAAAAAACAAACUUAUUGUCGAUCUCUAUGAGAUGGGAAAUGACAACAAUCAAAGUAUCACUGAGCUCCUGAUCUCCUCCAAACAAGCUCAAUACUGGAAAAACAUUACCAUAGAGCCUGUGGUACAAAACAAUGCAAAUGUGAUAGAAAAAACAAGGUGCCCAAGAGAUAGUGUGACAUCAGACAUCAGUGGGAAUACAGAACCAUCAGAGGAGGAGGAGAAGGUGAAGGAGGAGGAAAAGACGAAGGAGAAAACAUGCAAAAAUCAAACUGAAAAGACAGAAGCCCCCUCUAGCUUCAAAGCGUUAAGCAUCAAGCCUGGGUGUGAUUUCGCUGUGGGAUGCUCUUACAUCAAGUCUCCAUCAGAAUUCUGGUGCCAGCCUCUAGAUAGGGUUCCAGGUUUGGAGGAACUGAUGGAUAAAGUUCAGCGAUAUUACUCUACCCACACAGUCCCCCUCCAAUCAGGGAAUUCAUAUUGUGUUGCAAAGUCACCUCAAGAUGAAAAGUGGUACAGGGCUCUCAUCACAGAAAGACAGAACGGUCAUGCCAGAGUGUUCCUGGUUGACUAUGGCUGGAGCCUCCAAAUCAAGGAGCACAAUCUCCAAGCAAUAAUGCCAGAAUAUCUGUAUUUGGAAGUACAAGCUUUUAGGUGCAGCCUUUACAACCUGAUUGAACCUAAUGACCCCAAGAACUAUGGGGAUUGGAGUGAAGAGGUUUGUAAGUUGCUGAAAGAGUUUGCCCUCAACUGCACAAGUGGUCUAAGAUGUACAGUUCUUUCUCAGCUGAAUGUGAAAAACAAAGGGCUGUGCAAUGCUGUAGAACUCUACAACACCCAAACCCAACAGAGCAUAACAACUUUGUUCUUGGAACGGGGCCUGUCAAGCAAAGCAACAGUCUCAACAAUGCAGUUGUCCACAGCGUCUCCUGAGUCUUUUGUCUACUCUUCAUAUGACUUAGGUCCUGGAAAUGAAGAACAAGUCUACAUCACUCAUGUUAGCAGUCAGUGGGAUAUCUACUGCCACCUUGAGAGAAACACUAAAGUCAUUGAAGAGCUCGAAAAGAAAAUUUCAGAGGAGACUGAGAAAAAGAUGCAAGCUAGUACAAGACCAGUUGUAACAAAGCUGUGCCUGGCAAAAUACUUUGAUGGCAAAUGGUACAGGGGCUUUGCACAUCCUGUUCAGUCGCCUCUGCAUCUCAGUGUGUUUUUUGUGGACUAUGGAAACACAAACAUAUCUGAGAAAACCCAUGUCAUGUUUAUCCCCAGAGACUCUGCUGAUUUGUUGUACACGCCCAUGCAGGCUGUGAGAUGUAGCCUUGCUUCAGUGUCCAAGGAAAAGCUCUGUGCAGAGGUCAAGGAAUGGCUUAAUGGUGCAAUCCUCAAUAAGCAAGUGAGAGCCAUCAUAGCUGGAAAGAGUGAAGAUGGUUCAUUUUAUGUUGAACUGUUUGAUGGAGAUGUUAACAUCAACAGGAAGGUAAAGGAGAUCAUUGCCAGUCAUUCACCGAAACCAAAGACAGUUGUGAGUUUUGAAAUGAGCAGCACAAAGACAAAAACUCGCCAUAAAACAAACACAAAGACUCUUGUUGAGUCCAAGAGUCAGCGUGAAAGGAAACCUUCAAAUUCUUCCACAUUGAAUGCCUACAGACACACUCAUGUUGGGAGUGCACCCAGCCAAAAGAAAAAAGACAUGAAAAAAGAUGUUCAAGGGAAAGCUAAGAUGAAGAAGAUACAGGUAAAACAACACAAUGAGGAUAAUGAAAAGAGCUGUGGCCCUUUAAAACCUCAUAGAACCUCUCAGUUGAAACAAGAAAAAGAGUACCUUGAAAAAAACACAAAGUCAGCACAGCCAAAGGAAACAGAGAUUCCUCAGCUGUUGAGCUUGCCAGAUUUAAAAGUGAGCGCUGGUUUCAGGGCAACAUGUUUUGUUUCCCACAUUGACUCGGUCAACAGUUUUUUCCUUCAACUGUCGGAAGAUGAACCUGCCAUCUUGAAAAUGGUUGAAGACCUCAAUUCAAGUGUCUUAAAAGAUUCCUUGAUCACCCCCACUUCUCUGAGAAUCAAUGACCUUGUUGUGGCUGAGUAUGAAGAAGAUGGCGCUCUGUAUCGUUCUGCUGUGAAGGACUUUGAAGGAAGUUCCUGUUUCAAAGUUGAGUUUGUUGACUAUGGAAAUUCUGCAAUCGUGGGAGAAAAAAAGAUGUACUCCAUCCCAAAGAAGUAUCUUUCUCAGCCAAGAUUCAGCAUAUCAUGCUCCCUAUUAGACACAAGCAGGUACGAAAAUGAUACUUCUUUCACUGAUGCUGUGAUGAACAGGCCUCUCAUGGUUGACUUUGUCCAUCAACAUGGAACUCAUUGGGAGGUCAAGUUUGAAAUUCUUGAUGGACCAGUUGGUCUUCCACUGGCACUUGAACAAGCUGCUGAAAGUAGCACCAAAACCAGAAAUGAAAAGGAGGGUCCUGUGAUUUCAUCUGAGAUAGAAGAGAAAAUGAGAUUCUGUGACGAAGAAGACUUCCCAAGGAAAGAAGUGAGUGAAAAUGAAACGACUCAAUCAAAAAGAAUGACUCCUCAAGUGGAUGGUGAGAACUUAAUGCUGAAAACGUCAGCUGCCACACUGUCACCUAAACUAGAAGCACAUAGGACAUCCACCAGAAACAUGGAUGAUAUUGAGGAUGAAAGAAAAACCUCAAAAUCCUCUGUCAAAGCGAUGAGUGAUUGGGCAGAUGAAAUCCUACCUCAAAUUAUUCAAACUAAAGACACAAAAAAGGUUACAGUUCUGUCAGUCUCAACUAACGGCAAUUUUUACGCCAGACUGAAGGAGACCAGUGAACUGCUUGCUGCAUUGGAAAGUUGCAUAGCUGACAACCUCUACAAGUGCAAGAUGGUAGCCAAAGAGGAUCUCAAAGAAGGUCUGAAGUGCUUAGUUCAAGAACACAAGCACAAGCAGUGGUACAGGGCUGUUGUUCAACGUGUGGGACAGGAAAAAUGCCAGGUCCUUCUUAUGGAUCAUGGAAUAAAGGAAGAAAUUUCAAGUAGUUCUAUUCGACAACAGUGUAGUGAGCUGACAAAAAUCCCCCACUUUGCAGUUUUGUGCAAGGUGAACUGCCUUGGGUUCAGUGAGGGAGUGGGUGCUGAAGAAUUGUGGUGUGAAACUCUCAAACCAAUGAUAGGCAAAGAACUCAAACUGGUGUUUGUUUGUUAUUCAGAAGCUGAUAAACUUUGGAAGGUUGAAAUUGUCAUCAAUGAACUGUUCCUCACUCACCAGAUCACAACCUUACUGCAGCAAAAUGAAGAGAUGAUCCUGCCAUCCUCUGAAACUAGAACUCAGAAAGCAAAAGAACAAUCCAACUUGGACACAGGCACUCCCCAGCAACUUGACUUUGCCCCUGUUGAUACAGACAAAGCGUAUUCUGGCUUUGCCGCUGCAGUGACAACUCCAUUUGAAUUUUGCGUUGUUCUGGAAGACUUGCUUCUCGUCAUGAACAAAGUGUCCAUAAUGUUGGACGACCUCCCUGGACAGAUGCCUCCUCUUCCUGAAGCCCACCUUGUCCCUAACACCUGUUGCCUGUUGAAAUCAGACACCAAGAACAAAUGGUGCAGGGCUGAAAUUGUACACAUUAACAACACAGCAGUUUUUAACCUGGUGGAUUAUGGUCAUCAUGAAUGCAUCUCAUACAAGGACUGUGCCCAGCUGAAGAGGCUUCCUGAGGAGAUGACAAACCUCCCAAAGGUAACAUAUCCCUGCAUCCUGAGAGGGGUGAAGCCGGUUGGAGAGGAUGGGCAGUGGACAGAUGAAGCAGCAGUCUUCUUUCAGCAGUGUUUGUGUCAGAAAAACCUCCAGAUCUUCUUCAGGGAGUUUGUGUCAAACACACACUGGAAGGUGGACAUCCUGGCAGAUGGCAUCCAUGUUGCCAAGGAACUGGUGGAUGCUGGACACGGCAAUUAUAUGGACAUCAUGCUAGGACUGAGGUUCCAGGAACAGAGCCCACAUAAAGCUGUUCGUCUUCACCCUGACAGUGAGGAGGAGUGUGGCCAGGAAGAUGAAGACUCUGACAGGAAGUCACAACUAUCUUUUGAGGCUCCCGACAAAGUAGAGAAGAUGUUACUCAGCACUGUGUCUGGAACAAGGCAAUGUAAGAAGUUUUGA